AUGCAGACACCCUCGCGCAACUCGUGGUCAUUCGUACCACAGCGGUUGGACUACCGCGAUGAGUUGCAGGAGUAUACUGCGCUGGGAUGGAGCAUGGCGAACGGUACGUCGAGGACCACGUUCCCUCAAGCCGCAUCCGUCGCAGGCGACAACAUGCGCCACACGCCAACUGUCGCCACUCCUUCAUACCACGUGCACAUUCGCAACCACGAUCGCUCUCACGGACAUGAACAUGAUGAUGAUCCCCGCGAGCAGAGGCGCUCGUAUGCUACGACUACUGCUCCCCGUUCGACGAGGCCGCGUCCUGGGACUGUACAUGUCGGUCAUGAAAACAAUGCUACGACGACGAUUGCUUCUGCUCCUCGUUCUCGCCCGCGUUCCGGUACUGUCGACGGUCGCACGAGUCGUUCCCAGGCGCGCUCCACAAAGCCCAGUUCAGCGCCGCGCUCGAGCUCGUUCAACAGCGUACACCGUAUCGCACGCAAACCUGUUCGAAUCACAUCAACGGAACGGAUCGAGCUCGAGAACUUACCCGUUCCUUCGCGUACGGAAGAUAACUCGCUCGAUGCUCUCGCUGCGCUCUUGGGAUCGAAGGGUGUAGCGGACGAGCAUAUGCUCAGCAAGCCUGUACCGCUGGGCAACCACAAUUUCAACCAUCCUCUUAGCCAGGCUCCGCCUCGCUCGAGGAAGCAAAGUUUCACUGAGGAGGCGAAGAACUGGGCUGUGGCGCCGGUCAAGCGCGUCAAGAAACUCUCGGAUGCUGCGCGUGGACGUCGUGUUUCGCGCGCUGUUGUCCCACCCGUGCCUUCUCUCCCGUCUUAUGCGGCUGGUCGUCGAGGUUCGCUUCAGCCUCAGACUCUCGUGCACGCUGCACCGAGAACAAGCGAGCGCCCUCGCCGCAACCGGUCUACGACUCCCGCGCCACAGGGUCCGCGCCCACGCAUACAUGCGCCUGGUGUGUACGACGCAGCAGCGGAGUGGGCCGUCGUCGUACCCAGCUCAGCCGCUCCUUCCUUCCGCGCAAGCCGUCGCCAAGGCAUGGUCUUCGAGAACACAUUCGACGUCCAAGCCGUUGCGCCUCGCGAACAAGCCUACCUCCAACUCGAAGGCUGGAACGUCGUCGACCACUACGAUCAUGGCGCGGCUAUGCAGUCUGUGAGGCAGCAUCGUAUGAGGAAGCAGUCUAUGGGCACUAUCAGGACUAUGGGCACUGUUGCGAGUUGGAAUGCGUUAAAUGGGUUUGGGAAUGGAAAUGGUGGUGGGCAGGGCCAGGGGUAUACACCGGGCCAGGUGGGUAUACUUGGGAAGUUUCAGGCUGUGAAGAGCUUCAAUAAGAAGCUCGCUGGACUGUUCAAAUAG